GACAGCAGGAUUAGCUGGAGACCUAGAGCUGGAAGCGCUUCCGGGGAGGAGGACUUGGGGGGCAGAGGAGGGCGUGGGCGUGUCUGGUAUGGGAUGCCUUGCAAAGGAGGGGGCCUUGCUGAGUAGAUCUGUGGGUGGCUCCUUUGAGGAAUACUCUUUUUCCUUUUUGCCCUUUGAUUUGCCAAAGAGAGAGUCCCCACGGUCUCUGUACAAGUUUUGGAAACUGUCUCUUUGGGUGGGCCUAAUCACCUGCUACUUCAUUAUAGAACUGCCCAGGGCCUUUUCUGAUACUGAGCACAAACGUGGGGAAUAUGGCAGAAAAGAGGAGGCCGCUGCUGGGCUUCGUGGGCAAACUCCCCAGUGGGACCGCAGCUGGAAACUCAGGCAAAACUCACUGCCCUUUGUGCAGGGGGCUUUUCGAAGCCCCCAGGCUCCUGCCUUGUUUGCACACAGUUUGCACCACCUGUCUGGAGCAGCUGGAACCCUUCUCAGUAGUGGACAUCCGAGGGGGAGAAUCUGACACAAGCUCUGAGGGGUCCAUAUUCCAGGAACUCAAGCCACGCGCUCUGCAGCCACAGAUUGGCAUCCUCUGUCCGGUAUGUGAUGCUCAGGUGGACCUGCCCAUGGGUGGAGUGAAGGCUUUAAUCAUAGACCACCUGGCCAUGAAUGAUGUGAUGCUGGAGAGUCUGCGUGGGGAAGGCCAGGGCCUGGUGUGUGACCUGUGCAGCGACAGGGAAGUGGAGAAGAGGUGUCAGACCUGCAAAGCCAAUCUCUGCCACUUCUGCUGUCAGGCUCAUAGGCGGCAGAAGAAGACGACCUACCAUACCAUGGUGGACCUGAAAGACUUAAAAGGCUACAGCCAGAUCGGGAAGCCCAUUCUGUGUCCUGCUCACCCUGCAGAGGAGCUGAGGCUGUUCUGUGAGCUCUGCGACCGGCCUGUGUGCCGGGACUGCGUGGUGGGGGAGCACCGGGAGCACCCCUGUGACUUCACUAGCAACGUUAUUCACAAGCACGAGGACUCUGUGCGGGAGCUGCUCAGGGGUACCCAGCCCCACAUGGAGGCCCUGGAGGAGGCCCUGGCACAGAUCAAAGGGACCAACAGCGUCCUGCAGGAGCGGGUGAAGGCCGUAGCCGCCGACAUCCACACCUUCUCCGAGGGCUAUAUCAAGGCCAUCGAGGAGCAUCGGGACAAGCUGCUGAAGCAGCUGGAAGACAUCCGAGUCCAGAAGGAAAACUCUCUGCAGCUGCAAAAGGCACAACUGGAGCAGCUGCUGGCAGACAUGCGGACUGGAGUGGAGUUCACCGAGCACCUGCUGGCCAGCGGCUCUGACCUGGAGAUCCUCAUUACCAAGGGGGUGGUGGUGGAACGGCUCACCAAGCUGAACAAAGUGGAAUACAGUGCCCAUCCCGGAGUCAACGAGAAGAUAGCCUUCUCUCCCAAGGAGAAAGCAGGCCUGUGCCGUGGCUAUGAAGUUUAUGGGGCCAUCAACACCAAAGAGGUCGAUCCAGCCAAAUGUGUCCUCCAAGGGGAAGAUCUUCACAGAGCCCGUGAGAAACAGCCAGCCUCUUUCACCGUGCUUUGUAAGGAUGCAACAGGAGAGAGCAUGGGCAGGGGAGGAGAUAACGUUCAAGUCACAGUAGUCCCUAAAGAUAAGAAAGACAGUCCCGUCAAAACGAUGGUCCAUGAUAACAAGGAUGGGACAUAUUAUGUUUCCUAUACGCCCAAGGAACCCGGCACCUAUACUGUGUUGGUCUGUGUCAAGGAGCAGCACGUGCAGGGCUCGCCAUUCACUGUGACCGUGAGGAAAAGGCACCGCUCACACCCGGGCGUGUUUCACUGUUGCACAUUCUGCUCCAGUGGAGGCCAGAAAACUGCUCGCUGUGCGUGUGGAGGCACCAUGCCAGGUGGGUACCUAGGCUGUGGCCACGGACACAAAGGCCACCCAGGACGUCCCCACUGGUCAUGCUGUGGGAAGUUUACGGAGAAGUCAGAAUGCACAUGGGCAGGUGGGCAGAGCGGACCAUGGAGUCUACUGAGGACGGUGGCCUUCUGAUGGCUUCCUGGGUCCAUGAUCACAGCUGUGGCCAGCACGGCUUCAGAUCACCAGAGGACCACAGACCUUAAUUCUGAAGAAACGGAUAGAAUUAAAAACAAAGUGCCUUAUGUUAUACCCUCAAAUCCGAGGAUCUCUUUGUGAGUUAUUCACUGAUGGUACAUGUGGGCAAUCGGGUACCAGAGACCACAUUACAUUUGUCUUCUUGGCCAGAGGUCUUUGCAGGGAGGGGGAGGUAAUCAGCUAUCUGGUUUAAGUUAAAUACCAGAUGGUGCCCCUCAUCAGUGUCCUUUUAAAAAAUAUGUACUGUAGUCCAGUAAGAUAGCUACUGUACAAAAUGACUAAAAUAGAUUUUAGAAUCACACAGUGUGUAUCAUCUUCAAAAUCAGAUCGAUCUUUGAAACUUGCAGUUUGUAAUCAGAACUGCCUUUAUAGGAGGUGUAUAACGUAUGCACUACUGUUGUUAAGACAGUUAGUAUGAGUGUGUGCACGUGUUUUUGUAUGACUGAGCUCAUUCAUCAUAAGUCUAAACUUGUUAGAAAUAAUGUAUCCAUGUAGACUAACAAAGUAUAUGUAGAUGUGAUCUCAGUUGUAAAUAGCAAAAUCUAAUUCAAUAAACUGUAGGCCUACCCCCUCAAAAAAAAAAAGUGUCAUUUCUAUACCAAGGAGGCUACCUUCUAUUUUGUAUAGGCAUGGAGGUACCUAUGCCAUUAGCAUUUAGAGCUCAUGGUAGUGAUUUAGUUCCUCAACUUUUUGAUACAUAACUUUAAAAAAAUUUUCCCCAAGGUACACAUUAGAUAUUUGUUUCCCUCAAAGAAUAAAAACUUGUCCUCAUGUCCACGUGUUGCUAGCACACCUUAAAUGUAUCAUAUGAUACUGCUGUUUAGGUGGGGGUCCCCCA